AUGGAGGCUUUCUCUGUCUAUUGCCUUAUUAUGAUCUCCUUCUUCCCGCACCGCUCUCGAGACCUAUUGCAGUAUAAACUACUCAUCUUGAGGACAUACCGUCAGUUAAGCGGGAAGGUUUGGCUGGCCUAUGACAGAGCGUUCCAGGAGCAUGCUGCAGCUGCAAAUGUCGUUGACUGGUAGUCCAUAAACGUCCAGCUGUUUAACUUCCAUGCUGCGGGAGCCUCGGCUCGUGGACCCAAUGUCUCUUCGACUGACUCAUCAGAACCAGCUGGAGCAAGUGCCUCUCAUCAGAUUCUGUGCAAGUCAUGGAACAAAGGUCGUUGUGUGGCCCCAUAUGCCUCCUGUCGUUAUGCCCACCGCUGUUCCAGCUGCUCUGGUGCACAUCGUGCUGUCAACUGCCCA